GUUCAUUUUUCAAGGUGUGGUUAAGGCAUUACGGAUCGUGGUUGAAAACAAGUCUCUCCAGUCCCUUGCUGUAUGUCUGUGGUCGAGUUUGUUGUUUUACGCUGGCGGUGUUUUUGUUUGAUAUUUGAAUUAUUUUGGGAGACCCCGUCAGAUCUCUUGGUGAGAACUGACUGUGGUUCCUGUGUUAAGAACUGCGUGGAAUACAAAUUGAAUCUUUUAGACAUAACCAGCAGGACACUUUGAAGGGUUUCAACAAUGCGUGAUGUCAUACCCCGGCUCACGACAGCGGAUCAGAAACAAUUGUGUGAACUUUUCGGGAAAGUGAACUUCCAUUUACUUUACAAAGCGAGUGUUCACGGUUUCCGCGUUGAUUCUCUCCACGAAAAAUGUAGGAAACAAGGACCAACAAUAACUGUCGGGUACAACAAGUCGGGUUUUAUUUUUGGAGGCUACAGAACGGAAGAUUUUGCUGUCGGGUCUGUAGUGGAUAAUAAGGCUUUCCUUUUCCGACUGAACACGGAUUUACCGGGAAAAAAGCCGUUAAAGUUUCCUGUGAGACAAGAUGCUGUGGCAAUUUGUGAUCAUUACCAAAACGGUCCAAAUUUCGGAAACAGUCUUUUAUUUCAGGUUAAUGCUGAAAAAGUUGAGUUGAGAUCUGAUGGCUCCUACAGUGUUACAAAUAGUGCCCUGUUUGGCCAAGAUGAAGACCUUGUUGAACUUGAAGUUUACCGGGUGGAAGAGAUAAAAGCUCCAUGGAGGAACAUAAACUGGACAAAAGAGAGCAAGCAAGAACUGCUGAAAUUCAUCAUGGAGUAUCAACCAUAUGUGAGCUCUGUCUCAAAGGCACGGGUUUUACUAAUUGGACCAGUUGGAGGAGGCAAGUCUAGUUUCGUCAACUCUGUCAAUUCGGUUUUCCGUGGUCAUGUCACCAAUCGGACUCUGGUUGGGAGUGGACCGAGAAGUACGACCACAAUGUAUUCGACAUACUCCUUCAGAAAUGACACUCCUCCUCUGACCCUUUGUGAUACAAUGGGACUUGCAGAAGAUACUGUGUCAGGGCUGCACAGUGAUGAUAUUAUCAGUAUCAUCAAAGGACAUAUUCCGAACAAGUAUAAGUUUGCAGUUGAUUCCCCAUUCAAAGCUGGUGACAUAUCGCCAAGUGCUAUUAAUGAGAAGAUACAUUGUGUUGCAUAUGUGAUUGAUGUGAGUAAAACCCCUAUGCUGUCCACUGAAAUGAAAACGAAAAUCUGUGCCAUUCGAUCAAAGAUUGAUGAAUUGGAGGUUCCACAGAUUGUCCUACUAACAAAAGUGGAUGAAGAAUGCCCUAUGGUUGGAAAUGAUGUGAAAACUGUCUACUGGAGUGAUCCCAUUGAAAAAAAGGUGAUGGAAGUUGGAAAACAACUUGGUAUUGCAGUUUCAUGCAUAAUUCCUGUGCAAAAUUAUUGGUCAGUUCAUGAGCUUCAAUAUGCUACAGAUAUUUUAAUACUCUCUGCUGUGGUACAGAUGUUACGAUUUGCAGAUGAUUAUUUUGAGAAUUCUGUUUAGUUUAUCACCAAACUGUGACAUAAGUUUCUCAUGACUUUGUCUUUUCUGAAUCAUUGCUAGUUUUAGUUGGGAGAAUUCAAAUGCUAUGAGCAAUCAUUUCUCUGUUGCAUUUCACAAACUCGGAAUGAUUUGUUUCCCAAAGGUUUACAGAGGGAUGCUGAAAGGGUUAAUGAUCCUGCCCUGAAAUCUGCAAAUGUUGUAUGGCCAUUGAGGUGUGUUUGUACUGUUGUUAUAUUAAUCAUUCUUUUUAUUAAGGAUAUUAUUAAGAAUAUUAUUAAAUUAGAAGGAGUGCAGAAAAUCUUUACUAGAAUGCUACUUGGACUGGAAGGUUUGAGUCCGAGGAGAGGUUAGAUAAGCUGGGAUUUUUUUCACUGGAGCGUAGGAGGUUGAGAGGUGACCUUUUUUGAGGUUUAUAAAAUCUUGAGGGGCAUUGAUAAGGUAAAUAGCCACCAGCGUUUCCUCAUGAUAGCAGUGUCUGAAACUGGAGGGCAUGGGUUUAAGGUGAGAGGGGAGUGAUACAAAAGGAUCCAGAGAGACAAUUUGUUCACACAGAGGGUGGUGAGUGUCUGGAAGGGGCUGCCAGCGGCAGUGGUGGAAGCAAGUACCAAUUUGUCAUUUAAGAAACAUUUUGACGCACACAUUGAUGGGAUAGGUAUGGAGGGACAUGGAUCAAACACAGGCAAUUAGGACUGGUUUAAAUUGUGAAAACUGAGUGUCAUUGGCAAGUUAGGUCAAAGAGCCUGUUUCCAUGCUGUAAAUCUCUAUGACUCGAUGUUAGAGUUUGCUGUCUGUGUGAAUUUACAUGCAGCAGGCUUUGUAAAACCCAUCUCUUAGAGUCAUACAGUCACAGAGACGUACAGCACACAAAUAGACCCUACGGUCCAACAUGUCCAUGCUGACUA